CGACAACAGUAUGCAUACGCCCACGUUAGCGAGCGAGAGCUCGCCAGCCUCGCCAGCUUUUACCGAGUUUCGAAAGCGCUCGUUACCUCCCCAUAUCAUUGAAUCGCAGAAGAAGGAAGCCCUAGCGAUGGUCACCGAAAAGGAUUCCGAGGAUGAACAGCCACAACCAGCACCACUAUCUUUCUUUGAACGAUAUUUCUAUAAACUUACUCCACUGCCUGGUGCUGUUGCUGGGGACAGUGGAAGCGAUGCAGAGCCAAUUCGUCGUUUCUCGUUCUUAUCUCGAGGAUUUAUCACGCUGGUGGCACUUGUUUCUCUGAUCGCAAUAGCCGUAUUGUGUGCGGUACUAGCCACCACUCUUAUACGGCAUAAGAAACUAGACCAGGAGCUUCGUCGGUCUCCUGUUCAUGAAGCAAUAUUUGCCAAUUUUGCAGAUCCAGUGGUGGUCAAGCACGAGGAAUUAUUCUAUGCAUUCGCCACAACCAAUGCAGCAGGCAAGCAAACAUUACUUCAGUACUUUGUUGUCCCAAGAAGAGGCAUUCUUGCACAAUCAAACGAUACAGCUGCUAUCGCCCUGGGCAAGAGCAAUGUACAGAUGGCAACAAGCCCAAAUUUCAAGGACUGGACUCUGAUGAACCAUACCCACGACCCACUUCCACAGUUGGGAGAGUGGUGCAGACGCGGGCUCACGGAGAAUCUGAAUCCAAAAGCGAACGUGUGGGCUCCAGCUGUCAUCAAAAGACCCAGUGAUGGCAAAUUCGUCCUGUACUAUUCUGCCGCGAUAGAGAACGCAACGCGACCAUCUCACUGCGUUGGUGCCGCGAUCUCGGAGUCGUCGUCACCGGCUGGGCCAUAUAUGCCACUGAAUGCAACCAUUGCUUGUCCAGUCGAAGAAGGUGGCGCUAUCGACCCGUCACCUUUCAUUGACACUGACGGAUCAUUCUUUGUUACUUACAAGGUUGAUGGUAACAACGUUGGCCACGGCGGUGCUUGUAACAACAUGAAGGCCCCUCAAGUAUCAACGCCAAUCAAGCUGCUGAAGAUGCUGGCAGAUGGAGUCACACCAGAUGGUCAGGAUAUCACCAUUCUCGACCGCAUACAAGGAGACGGUCCUCUCGUGGAAGCGCCGGUCAUUGCCAGAAGCGCAGAAGGAAUCUACUUCCUCUUCUUCUCUUCCGGUUGCACACGAGAUCCUUCUUACGACGUAAAGUACGCUUUUGCGAGAGACGUCCGCGGUCCCUACGAGAGAGCAAAGAAGCCUUUGUUAAGGACUGGCGACUUCAACUUGACCGCACCAGGAUCUAUUGGUCUUACAGACAUGGAAGACGGGACCUUUGGAAUGGUCUUCCACGCCCGAGUUCAGGCAUCGUAUGGGAGAGUGAGGGCAAUGUAUACGACGACCAUUCGGUUCAACGGGACCGAAGUCUUAUUGGUUAAGAAGGAU